AUGCCCGAGAAUCCAGUUCACAGAUUUAUUGCUACUUUUACAGUACUGUUUGCAUCUCGUUACGUGGUCAAUAAGGGUUCUGUUGUCUUGAUUGAGUUCAUCAAUGAGCUCUUGAAGAUUUAUGGACAAGAUUUCCAACUUCCUGAAAGUCUGGCUGGGCUACAUAAAAUGACUGGAUUUUUGUCUAUUACCAAAGGCAUCAAGCGAUUUGUGUCAUGUCCAAACUGCCAUUGCAUCUAUGAAGAAAACAUGUCCGUACCUCCCCAUUGUGUUUUCACAAAUGUUGGUGCAUGCUCUCCUUGUGGUUUACGUGGAACGAUCAUUGAUCCCAUGCAUAAUUUAUUUCUGGGGACGCCAAAGAGAAUGAUGGACCGGUGGGUCAAUAAGAAAAUGAUUGGAGCCAAAGAGUUUGCUGCCAUGGAAAAAAUCGCAGAAACAAUGGUCCUUCCGAGGGAUUAUACAAAGCUGACAUCGAAGCUUGGAAAAGGCUUUCCUUACAUGAAAGCUGAUGACUGGAAAUCCUGA